AUGAGUGAGGAGCAACCGAUCUACUUCACCUACGAGAACAGCCUCCAACAUGUGGUCUCUCAAAUUAACAUUGUGUCUCCAUCCAGGCUUCUGUACUACAACCCUAGGCGCAUACAGGAAAACCUACUCAUUCCUGGCCUGGAGGCUGCCCAUGUCUGGAUCUCCAUCCCCUACUGCACCAUGUACAUCAUAGCCCUCUUGGGAAACGUCACCAUCCUGCUCAUUGUGAAGAAGGAGCUGAGCCUGCAUGAGCCCAUGUACUAUUUCCUCUGCAUGCUGGCUGUUGCCGACCUGGUCCUGUCUACAGCCAUCCUGCCCAAAAUGUUGAGCAUCUUCUGGUCCAACUCCAGGAAGAUCAAUUUCAUUGCCUGCCUCACCCAGAUGUACUUCAUUCACUGCUUCCAAUCGAUAGAAUCUGGGAUCUUUGUGGCCAUGGCGUUGGAUCGCUACGUGGCCAUCUGCCAUCCCCUGAGACAUUCCUCCAUCCUGACAAACUCCAUGGUCACCAGGAUUGGCCUGGUUGUGGUGCUGCGCAGCUGCAUGCUCAUACUACCGUAUCCUUUCCUUGCAAGUCGGUGGCCAUAUUGCAGAACUGACCUCAUCCCCCACACUUACUGCGAGCACAUGGCUGUAGUGAAGCUGGCCUGUUCUAACACGCACAUCAGUAGUUACUAUGGCCUCUUCGUGCUCUUCUCAGUGCUUGGUGGGGAUAUAUUUUUCAUUGCUAUGUCCUACAUCCAGAUCCUCAGGGCCAUCUUCAUCCUCCCCACAAAGGACGCCCGGCUCAAGACUUUUGGGACUUGCGGCUCCCACCUUUGCGCCAUCAUGGCCUUUUACAUCCCCAUGAUUUUCUCUGCCCUCAUGCACCAGUUUGGCCUCAAUAUCGCCCUGCAUUUCCACAUUCUUAUGGCCAAUGUGCAUGUGUUAGUGCCCCCCGUGCUAAACCCCAUCAUCUACGGGGUGAGGACCAAACAAAUACGGGGCCGGCUGCUCCGGCUCUUUACUCAGACAGGAGACCAUGUUCUCCCUAUGGCUGUGGCUCUCAGAUGGAGCUCACGGGGAAGUGGCUGA